AUGUUUGUUUUUGUAUUUCUCCUAUUUGUUCGUUUAUAUCCAAAUGUAAAUGCUUACAAAAGCCCCUUUUUCAAAAACAGCAAUUAUAUCAGCAGCUAUUUAUUACUGCACAAUGGAGUUAAGAUGCCCUGUCAAAUAAAGAGGAAAUGUAUACAUAAAGGUUUAUGUUUUUUAAGUAAGUCAUUAUUUCGGAGUAAAAUAAGGGAUUGUACCACACGUCUGUACGUGUUAAACAAAGGAGAAGAGGAGAAUCUCUUUUUUUCAAGUGAUAACUUAAACGAAAGGAAUAAAGAAAGGGGAGUGAAGAAAGAGCAGGUGGGUAAAAGGAUGGUGAAAGAACCGGACGUCAAUAAAUUGAGGAAAGAGUAUGAUUCGAAUGGCUUGGACUACUUGGACGACACUGAGAAAAAACCAAAUAGCCGGAGCAAAUCUGAGCGUAAUAAUGACAUAAAAGAUACACUGAAAAAAACACGAAAAUUCUGCAAUUACUUAACAAGCAAAUUAGGUAGACUAAAUAAAAAGCUUAGGGAAAUAAAAAAAUUAGAAACCAUCUUUUACGCAAAUCCAAAUAUCCUAACGGAAAAUCAACAAGUUAAAUUAAGUAAAAAAAGACAAAUAAAAAAUGAAAUAGUUUUAAUUAACAGAUACAGAAAAAAGUAUAUAUCAUACAAAAGAAAUUUAAUGAAAAACGUUGACGACCUUUCACCUUUUUUUUAUUCAAAAAAAAAAAAACGCAAAAAGGAGUUAUGUUCACCCCAAGAAUUCCGAGAAAUUCGUACGCAAAAAGAAACGAUAAGAUAUAAAAAUUCAUGUGGUGCUCUAACCUUAAAAUCGGACAAUCCCAAAGCAGCAGUGCAGAGAAUAAAAAGUAUAGACUUCGAAAAGGUACCCAAGAAUGUAACUGAUUACUUAGUAUAUAAUAAGAUUGGGAGUAAAGAAGAAAUUAAAAUUCUGUUUGGUCUUCGGGCUAUAAAAGUGAAUGGAAACACAAUCGAUGACGAGAAUUACGUACUAAAUGUAAUGGAGGAUGAAGUGAAAGUUUUCAAUGAAGUGAUAAACAUCCACGAGGAUCACUAUGUUAUUCGAAAAAGAUUUACAAGAGACCAAAAGCGAAUUUUAAAAGAAAAAAAAAAUGAAAGCAUAUCAGAUGUCAAACGGGAAAUUAAAGAGUUUGAAAAAUUUUUCAAUAUCAAACAAUGA